AAGACCUGAUUGGACUUGCGCUCUAAAAGCCACGCCCCCUUUUCAGGUUCGGUUGAGGCGAAGGCGAAUCUUUUCUCCCUCCAACCCAAAGCGGAUAUAGCUUUCGCGGAGUAGCUGAUUGGUACCGUUCUUCAAGGUGCUCCUGGAUUACUUCACCCUUACUGCUUCGGCCAGCCAGCUUCUCCUUUCCCCCUAUACACACUGUUUUUCUCUCCCUCCCCUCUUUGCUGGACUCGCCAUUUCCCGGAGUUUAAACGGCCGCAUCGUGCGAUUAAAUCAUGGAUAAGACGGAGCUGAUUCAGAAAGCCAAGCUGGCGGAGCAGGCGGAGCGCUAUGAUGACAUGGCCGCGUGCAUGAAGCAGGUGACGGAGCAGGGAGCCGAACUCACCAACGAGGAGAGGAACCUGCUCUCCGUCGCCUACAAGAACGUCGUCGGGGCUCGGAGGUCGGCCUGGAGAGUUAUCUCCAGUAUUGAACAGAAAACCGAGGGCAACGACAAGAAGCUUCAGAUGGUGAAGGAGUACAGGGAGAAGGUGGAGGCCGAAUUACGCGAUAUUUGCAACGAGGUGUUGGGACUGCUGGGCAAAUAUUUGAUCGAGAACUCAACAAAUGCUGAGAGCAAAGUCUUCUAUUUAAAGAUGAAGGGUGACUACUACAGAUAUCUUGCAGAGGUUGCCUCUGGAGAUGCCAGGAAGGAAACGAUAACCAACUCUCAAGGCGCCUACCAGGAUGCAUUUGACAUCAGUAAGAAGGAGAUGCAGCCCACACACCCCAUUCGUCUGGGACUGGCUCUCAACUUCUCUGUCUUCUACUAUGAGAUCCUCAACUCUCCUGAGCAGGCCUGCGCUCUGGCCAAACAAGCCUUUGAUGAAGCCAUUGCAGAGCUGGAUACACUGAACGAAGACUCGUACAAAGACAGCACACUUAUCAUGCAGCUGCUUAGAGACAACCUCACAUUAUGGACCUCUGACAACGCUGCAGAUGAGGGUGAAGGAGGAGACGGAGGAGAGAACUAAACGGCCACAUCUUCUCUCCACAGAUUAAAGAAAAAGAAUCCUGGAAAAAGACAACUUUUUACACUUCUUCAUUCCUUAUUGUUUCACUUAUGAUUAUUCUAGCCAUGUAAAAGCCCAUGAUCAUUACCAAUGAGCUGUGAGUGUGGGAAUUCCAAUCAGUCUGUUGUUUUUUUUUCUCUCUCUCUCUCCAGUUUCCACCACCUGGCUUGUGGUUGUAAUGAAAGUAAAUAUUAAGUUAAAGUAACAUCUCCAUUCCUCAGUUUUGUGUUUUUGUCCUUUUGGCCUUCUUUAUGUGCAGUGUCUGCUGUAGAAAAGUAUUAGCCUCACAUAAAAUCAAUUGUCCUUUAAUUGUGACAGCAACUAGUGUGUAUAUUCUGGUAAACUGAAAUAUUGGAAGUGUCGGUCACAAAAUGCAGAGCGUUUUGCCUCAAGCAUGGCUAGUUCCUGUCCUGCUAUAUCACCUUCCAUUAUACAUCUUUCUAGGGAAAUCAACAUACACUUGAAUGAGAUAAAUGUCUUGUUGACUGUCAUAGUGUUGGCUUAAAAUGAGCCUGUGCUUUAGUAUUGAUAGCAAGAUGGCUGUUUUCUGGUGUACCAAGUCAGCUAGCAUUGCUCAGCCAAGUAUGCACUUUUCAUAGACCAUUUGAAUCAUGUCUUCAUCUUGAAGGUCACGAAACACUCCUGCCUGGUUAUGGUUUUCACUUUAAUGUGUUACCUUGCGAUGGCUUGUGAUGAUUAAAAAAAAAAAAAAAAGAUGAAAAAAUAUCAUGCAUGCCCAUUUUUCAAUAUACACUGGAAUGGGAACCAAUACUACAUACAUGUUCCACAGUUUGGUUAAGUACUUUUCAUUGCAGGUUUAUGCACAUGUUGAGAGGAUGUUUGAUUUGUCAAGUGAUGUCAAUAGUUAUUUGGACCACUGUUGUGUUUUUGCUAAUCAUUGACUGUAGUCCCCCAAAGCCUUGUGAAAAUGUACAAGCCCUACAUAACAGCUAUGUAACCUGAAUUAAAAUGACCAUUUUAUAAACCAUA